AUGCACAGCAAGCAAGGCAACCAGUUGCUUGAAAUUUCUCGCAAAUCGUGCAAGCGCAUUGAAUUGUUACAACAUGGCGGAACGGUCUUGCAAAAUUCAGAGCAGGCGUGUAAACUAUUUGAAGAAGAUGAUGAUUAUUUUGAUGAUGGUAAUGGCUUGUUUGAUGAUGAUGAUCAGCAAGAUCAAUUGGCACCUCCGGCACCUCAUCAACAACAACAACAAUCAAUCAUCAGUUCCAAUCAAGUUGCAAGCGAACCCUACACAUAUUGGUAUCAUAGUGUGCCAUAUCCUGAAGAAUCACAUGCCCUGACCAUCCUGUACAAGAACCGAUUGUUUGAAGUGAGAAUUUCUAUGCAAGAUAUUGCCGUUCAUACUCUUUUGGACGCUUUAAAUGUUGCGUUGAUAGAUCCUGAAAAGUAUUCGGGUCCUACGGGAAGAACCAUCGACGUUGACUCUGAAGAUUAUAAAGAGAUUGCAAAAUUGAAAUGGCAAACCUAUAUGGAAAGUCGGUUUUCUUCGAGAAAACCAAAGCCGUUACCAGCCAGCAACAAUAACAACGACGAAAUGUACGACGAUGAAUUGUUAAAUAGUAUGAUCACACCACAUGUGAUGAGCGAAAGAAUUUCUUGCAAUAUGGCAUCGUUCAAUUCUACCAACUUGAGCUUGCAAGACACAUAUGUUUUAUUCCAAGCUAUAUGCGUCGAUGAACAAACUGGAUUGGCUUACAUGUUUGGAGGAGCCAUUCAUUCGUUUCCACGAAAAGUUUCCAAACUGUUUGUUGCCAUCGAUUUGGAAAGAUUAUGCAUUAUUGAAACAGCUGAAAUUGAUGAUAUUGUUCCUCUGGAAGGCCAUAGCAUGGUUAAGAGAGGUGACAAGCUCUAUGUAUUUGGAGGAAACACCACAGGUUCAUUGUUCUUGAAUGAUUUGUUUGAGAUUGAUAUUUCAGAAUUUGAAGAGUAUUGUUUAGAAUUGAGACGCAGAGAUGAGCAAGGGCUUGGUACCGAUGAUCUUGUCAUGCCAACACCAAAGGCACGACAAAUUACGGCUACCAAUCACAAUAUUGUGACCAAUCGAGCAUAUCAUACUGCUGAAUAUUUGCCAAAGUAUGACGUUAUGGUCAGCUAUGCUGGAAAAGUCAGAAAGGGUCCUGAUGCCCCCAUGCUGAAUGAGAUUUUAAUUUAUCACUUUAAGAGAAACGAAUUUCAAAUUAUUCAAUCUGAGAACAUUCUGAAUCCGUCUAUCUCCACAUCCACUUUACCACGUGCUCACGUAUGUCAUUCCACUCGUGUUUACGGCUAUGAAAAACAUUAUUUUAAUGCCAAUUACAAAUUUGCAAGUGGACUCGAAAAUUGUUAUCAAAUGGGCGUUUAUGGUGGUUGUAAGAGCACAGAAUACGAUGACGAUGCGACUCACGAUCCACACCUUUACAUUUUCUCAUUUAUUCCACAUGGACAACAUAAGAACCCAACUGCAUUGAAUUCAUCGUCAAGUUAUCUCUUGGAUGUAUACAUUACGAAAAUUCUCAUUGUGGAGCGAGUCAGCUCAACCUAUACCAAUGUGACAUGGGUUCCACAAUCAUCCAGCUUUUACUUCUUGGGAUCGUAUUCGGCUCAAUCUAGAAACAAGCUCUCGAUCUUUACAAUGAAUUUUUCAGACACUGGAACCAUAGAAAGGCAAUUCCAACACAGACUUGUGCCCUUACUGAAUGCCAAACAUUUUACAGACAUUUCUCUCGAGUUUAGUGCAAAUUAA